CACAAAUAUUCGAUUGCCGCUAAUUUUGUGUGCCAUGGAACGGGGUUCUGAAUUUUUGGAUCCUUUUGUCCUUCCACACCAUGCCUUUUGAAAAUGGCUGAUUUCUGUUUUUUCUCAGCGGUCGUCCUCUCUCGCAUCUCCAGACUUGCUCCGGGGUCUGAACUAUUACCUCCCCUUGGAUAGGUGACCUUCCACACACAAUGAAGGGCAACACAUUCCCAACGACGGACAAUUCGUACCCGUACGAGGACAAUGCAUACCCAAUGGCAGAACCUGUCGUCCAGAAGAAGAAGAAGGGAGUCGAAAAGUUUGCAGAUCAAGUUGGCAAUGGGGCAAUGAAGGGAGUUAAAGCAGUGGGAGGAGUAGUGGACAACUUCAAAGAAUUUUUGAACAGGGGAAACGUUGUUGAUUUGGCUGUCGGUAUCGUCAUGGGUGCUGCAUUCACUGCCAUCGUGACGUCUCUUGUCCAAGAUAUCGUUACGCCAUUUAUCAGUUUGGGCACUGCCGUAAACUUGCAAAACAACUUUUUGGUUCUCCGCUGUCCACGGAAUAAUGCGACAAACUCAUACCCGCCCCGAUCUUCUUGUGUGGAUUUCUGGAAGACGACCGCGGAUGCACAGAAAGCCGGCGCCGUGACAUGGAAUUGGGGGAUGUUUGUACAGACCAUUAUCAAUUUCUUCAUCAUCUCCGUGAUGGUCUUUUUCAUUGUAAAAGUUUAUGCCGCAGCAUUUAGAAGAAAGAAGGCUGAUCCUAAAACCAAGCCGUGUAUCUUUUGCUGCAAGGAUAUUCCAAUCAAAGCUACGCGGUGCCCAGAGUGUACUUCUACGGUCGAGGAACCAUCUGACCUGAAAGAACCCAUACCUGCGGUUGUAGUAGACCGAUGGGGAGGGGAAAAGAAGACUUGGUGAUAGACAUACUGGUUAGAUAGGAAAUGUAGUGUGAUGUAUAUAAAAAUAUGUAGAAUUGUGAGAAAUGCAAUGAUGCUGCUUAUUCUGGGACUUAAACCCACAGCCCAAGCUGGAGUGUCAUGCAUUGAACUACCUACAUCUUAAUGAGCUUUGAAAUUAUACUUAGGAUGAUAUCAAAAGGGC